GAUAUAGGAUCUCUUCAUCCCUUGUGAUAAUCGUCCACAAAGAUUCCACUUCAGUGAGAUGGUAGAGGAAAAGGAAAACAGGAUGGAUGGCUUGGUUGAGCAGAAGAGUGUCCUUAAGCACACUAAAACAGCUGAUGCCAAGAAGAGGAAUGGGCUGAUUAACACCAGAAACUUGAUGGCCGAGGGCAGGGAAGGAUUGGUGUCUGUGUACCCCACCCCCCAGUAUCAGAGUCGGCCGAUUGGUACCCUUUACUCUCCAGGCUACCCACGGAAUGACCCAGUGCAACAACUCCUUGACCCCAAUACACUGCCACAGACAGUGGAGUCCCGCUACCACCCGAAUAUCAUCCUCUAUUCGGAAAGCAUGCUGCGAUCGUGGGGAGAAAGUGUGAGUGCGGAGUGCUGUGAAACAACCUUCAUUGAAGACAGGUCACCCACCAAAGACAGCCUGGGAUACUCUGACGGCAAAUUUGUUAGCCUCUCCACGGAUGAGAUCAAGAUCCACACCCUCUCCUAUGAAGUGGAAGAAGAGGAUGACUUUCAGGAAGUAGAGAGCGAUUAUUCAAGUGACACCGACAGUGAAGACCAUUUCCUUAUGAUGCCGCCCAGGGACCAUCUCGGACUCAGUGUGUUCUCCAUGCUCUGUUGUUUCUGGCCACUGGGAAUUGCUGCCUUCUAUUUGUCACAUGAGACAAACAAAGCCAUUGCUAAAGGGGACUUCCACCAUGCAAGCUCCAGUUCACGACGAGCCCUCUUCCUGGCUGUGCUGUCCAUCACUAUUGGAACAGGCAUCUAUGUAGGGGUUGCCGUGGCGCUUAUAGCGUACCUGUCCAAAAACAAUCACAUAUGAAACUCAAAGACGUGGACUGCUGUAGAAAGCCACAGGAGGCCAUGACAUUUCAAAUAUCACUUGUUUUGACGGUAAGAAGGGCUGCUGUAAUUUUGUACGAUUUGAAUUCUGAAGAAGAAUGUUCAGGAUCUAUACACCCCCUCCAGUUCACUUUGAAUGUUGGCAGUACAGUCAUUGCAAGAAGCCAAGAAAUGCAGGUUCUUUCCUGAGAUCCAGAUAUACGUCUUCAGAGCUCAUUGCUGUUCUGAGCUGGACCAAACCCAAAGGGAGCUCUGUCGCAUAUAUACUCUUGAACGUGAGGUUCAUCUGUCAAAAGGUGAGAGGCAUCUGAAUGUAGAGACCUGAAGCUCUACACAGCUGGCUGUUUCCUACAUAAGAAAGGUGAUUCCUUCUCUCGGCUUUGGAUGAUUGAGAAGAUGAAACAGCUGGUUCAGUGCAUAUUCAUGACCAUGGCUCAAAUAUUACCUGCAAAGUGAAUGUCAUAUAGGAAUAGCAGGAGCCCUAUGGG